GCCGUACGCCGAAUCAGUUUUUGUGAGCCACCUCAGCUCGGAUCGUCCACCUGUUUCUCUGAGAAAGAAGGACCUGCCUGUAGCCAUGAAGCUGAUCAUUGCCUUCGCUGCCGUCGUAGCCGUCGCCCUCGCGGCACCCCCUCAUCAUCAGGACUACAACCAGGUGGUCGUCGUGAAGGAGACGCCGCUGGACAACAUCGGCAUUGAUGGAUACCAGUUCGGCUACGAGCUCUCCAGCGGCCAGGCCCAUCAGGAGUCUGCCCAACUGGUGAACGCCGGUCAGGAAAACGAGAGCCUCGUCGUUCGUGGUAGCUUCACCUACGUCGACCCGGAGACCAACGUCAGAUACACCGUCAACUACGUCGCCGACGAGAACGGAUUCCAUCCCGAGGGUGCGCAUCUGCCGGCCGUCUAGAUUUUGACCCGAGUUCUACCUGCAAACCAUAUAUCACAUUUUCCGUCCAGUCUCGCGACUACGCUCGAAGAAGUUCAAUCUUCUCGAUCGUAGCACUCCAUACACAUGACAAUUCUAGCUUUAAAUAAAUUAAGCCUUAUUUAAUCCUCGCUGUGUCUAAAUUAUUCUACGACUUUUUUUAUCAACCAACCAACUUCGCUGAUGGAUAAGUAGUAUCCUCGGUGAAACAAGGGUAGGAUUCGAAUGAACAAUUGGUCAUUUGAUUUAAUUUUAAUUUAUUACAAUAGCUUAACAAGACAUGUUAUACAAGUGAUCUGUAUUUUUCAAUGGAACAAUAAAGACAUGGCAUGAUGCUCGAGAAUUCAAUUAGCACACGAUUUAUAUUAUGUAAUAAAGUAUCUAGAUGUAAUAUACAUGUUAUCAAUAUACGAUGCUAUGUGGAGUAGUAAGUUCUGAUAAUGAAAUAAUUUAAACAUCCUUGAAACACACAAUAAUGUGUCCUAUUUUCUGCUCUGCUUUCAAUCACAUCUCAUUAAAGAAUA